AUGAUAUAUAUUAGGGAUAUCAAAAGGAAUCUAUAAAUUAUUUAAUAAUAGAUUUAAGAGGUUGCAAUUAAUUAUUGUUAAAGAGUUAUCAAUUAUCAAGAUGCGAGUUUAAUAGAAAAAAAGAAAUCAUAAGAAAAGAUAAAGGUUUAACAUGAAAUAAAGUUUAAGCAAAGAAAUGCAGUAAUGUUAGGAAGCAUCAGGAAAAUAAGUAAAAUUGGUUUAAUUAUAUUAAAUGUUUAUUGA